AACAAUAGGAUUUUUGUCUCAUUACAUUCAUCCUCAAAAUCCCCAAAUCCAUAAAUAAUCAUCGAUUACGAUAACCAGGAUUAUCAAUCUGCAUAUGUAUUUAGCACCACUAUUUAUUGGAUCUUUUUUGAUUAAACACUUUGCAUGUUGACAUUAUUAUUAUACGUGCUGCCGAAAUUAACAGGUUGCUCUUUAGUUGACAUUACGCUAAUCUUCUCUCACGCCUUAUCAAAUAUUUGUACCAAUUAUUUCAUUACUGCUCGUCCAUCACCGUGAAUGUGCAGAAAGAAUAAUGCUUAACCGUCAUGAAUGAUCAGGUUCACGACCAGUCAAAAUCCGUACGUGGGUUGGCGAUCAUCAAUUAUUUAUUAUUAACAAGUGAAGAGUUUGCUUUUUUCCAGUGGAAAGCAAAGCAAAUUGUCCUUUAAUUCGUUAACUGAUCGAGUUACGUUAUUCAAAUUUUUCUAUUUUUGCUAAUUUCAUCACAGAUUAAUGAUAAUUGCGGCAGAUAAUACAUAAUUGACUGAAAAUGUGUGACGACAAUGAUUUUUUAUGAUCAUCAGUCAAAGUCAUUCCCAGUGAUGUGAGUGAAGUGCUUUGUGACAUUUUCAAAAUGAGAAUUGAUACAUGAUCACCAGAUAAAAUUUUACGAGUGGUAAAAUUAAAAAUUAAAUGGCGUUCUUCUUAUUGAAACUCAGAAUGAAUCUCGCAUUUCUUUUACUGCUUCUAAUUUCUGGAUUUUUCUGCUUCACUUUUGAAGCCCAAGCUUGUGGGGCGAACGCGGUACUGCUUCAAAAUCCGGACGAUGAUCUUACCUCGGGACGAUCGGAGAGAGAGAAACGUGGCGCGAGUCGGGGUGGUGGAGGUCACUUUGGAUUUCCGAUGGGGGACGAAGCCCCACCCUCGAUGGAUGUGGAAAUCCAGGCUAAAGUCGACCCAGGGGAAGAUUUUGAGUUCAAGUGGUGCGUGGACAGUUGGGUGAAUAACUCGAGAAAUGUGAUAACCGCAAUUUUCAAUAGAGACCAUACUCCCCGAUUGUGUUCGGAAUUUUGUAUGGAAAAAGGUUUUCCAGUGAGCAUGCUGAAAGGAGGGGAAUGUACUUGCGAGUCUUUUGUCACUUUCAAACUGCAGAAGCGACCCGACGCAAAUUGUAAUGUACCAUGUCCCCUGUCAAGCAUGGUGGAUCCCGACGUUGUCCCCCCGACUCCUUCCUCUUCCUGUGGGGGCAACCAGCAGUACUCUGUUUACUGCAACAAAACUGGACAGUUCGACUGCGACACGCUUCCCGUUGAUAAUGGGGGAGACCCGACCCUCUCUGUUGGGAAUCAUGUCGGUAAUGGAGACGAUUUUCUUGUCAAAAAUAUGGAAGGAUAUCCAUUUUGUGGCCGAUGUGACCUGGCAACAUCGUGCAUGGGUGGAACUGGAGCAAUUACGCCAUCGUAUGACUAUUUCCCAAAAAACGAACCAUACAGUUGUCGAGCAUUCUGUCGGAAAGAACAAAGGUAUGGCCGAGGUCGGAUGGAUGAGGGGACCAGAUAUCCGACAAGGUAUGCCGUUCUAGUUUGGGAGAAGAUCCUUUGGUUUGGAAACGCCGUACCCAUUUGUCGCUGUAUGUCCGAUGUGUCGUCUUUCGUCAAGUUAGAUGAUGACUCAAAAUGUACUGCACCUUGUCCGGGUGAUCCUUCCUUAAGGUGUGGAAGGACAGACGAGGACCCUGAAGCUCCUCAACAUUCCUAUUACGCCACAGUCUACUGUACAACCGAAGACUGUUCCGACCCCAAUCCUCCAACAACUACCACGACAAAAGAACCCACGACCACAAAACCUUCCAGUACCAGCACUUCCACCUCCACUGCUCCCACAACCACGGAGGAAGAACAGGAAACCACAAUUACCCAAGGUGAUGGUGAAGAUUGCACAUUUUCUGCAGGAUGUUCCGCCACGACUGAUCAACGCUCUGAUACUCACACUCCGGAAGAAGUGUCCUCAUCCACCCUGCCGACAAGCCCUCUCGUGUCAACCACUGAAGAGUUCCCAUCCCACAUCAAUUGCGCCGUUGAAUGCGUCGGCACUGAGUUUAGUGGUCGUUCGUGGACCGUUUGUUCGGGACAAAUUGAAGAGAAAGACUGUGACAAGGCGCACGCGGUGGGAAAAGCGGUCUGGGAAUGUUCCGCAAAUGGUCAAUUCAUAACAGAGCAGCCAGAUUAUUCUGGUUGUAAGUCUACCUGGAUUGAUGAAGCGGUCGAGGGCAGUUUUCAUGUCAAUGAUACGACCUCUGCCAUCGCAUAUCUUGACCAUCUCAACGAACUCAUUUCCAACCAUGAUGAUACGACCCACCAACCAAACUAUUUUGGCCAUGAAAUUAACAUUUUGACAAAUGUCUUGGACCGAGUAGUGGACACGGCUAGCCAGACGUCGCACGAUUUAACAGAGUUUUUACCAGUAGCGGAAAAGACGAUCGGAUUAACGGGGACGAUUGUGACUGCUUCAGAACCUUGGAAUCAAUUAGCGCAGGCGGAUCGGUCCUCCGUGUCGACAAAUCUUCUCCGAACCGUGGAAGACACUUCUCUCCUCUUGUCCUUUAAAGUACCACUGGAUGGUGACGCAUCAUCAUCUCGCUAUGAAAAGCCGUUGACUCCGCCGUCAUCCGAUUAUCUUGUCGUGGCUGGAGCUGUGUCCAAGCUAUAUGGCGAUCUUAACGGAUCUUACGACUUCCCUGCGACAGAAUUGUCUUAUGACUCCUCUCUCUUGAAACUUCCUCCCGGCUGGAAAAAUUUAGUGGCUGGUGACAAUAUUCAAUACGUUGGGAUGUUUCUCAGUCCGGAACAAGCUAACGUUAUGUUACCUGGUCAAUUUAAAAGCCUUGGACAUGAAACAAAUAGUAAUGACAAAACGCUUCUCAACGGAAAAAUGAUGUCCUUCACAAUCGGUUCUUUAGCUGAGGCUAGAAAUGUUGCCAAAGUUCGGAAGGAUAUUAGGAAAUCGACAAUUAAUUUUCCAGGACAAGGCGUCCAGAUCGUAUUUUAUCACGACCUUGCCGCAUGGGGAGAAUCUCGCGCAGAUUUGAGGAGAAAGCUUCAUUACGGUGAAAAACCAAGUGCUGCCCUCGGCUCGGCUCAGUGUGCUUAUUGGGACACGGUCAACUUAGUCUGGUCAACCAAAGGGUGCAAAAUAGUGGAAAAAGGUCGUCACCAAACCGUCUGCGAGUGCCAACAUUUGACAUCGUUCGCCAUUCUGAUGGACGUUCACAACUAUUUGGGAAAGGACCUCGGUCUCGAAAUCCUAACUCUGCUUCUCUGCUCGCUCUCCUUUCUCUCAUUGUUCGUCAGCGUCACAAUUUUCUCAACGUUUCACGGGAUUCAAAGUGAAAGAAACUCCAUCACGAAGAAUCUCUCAAUAUGUCUGCUAAUCGGGAACACGAUGGUAAUGCUGGUCUUGGAUAGGAACUACUUUAACAUGAGUGAGGGAUUUUGCGUAGCUUCCGGGAUAAUGACGCACUACAUUUUCCUCGCCGCCUUUGCGUGGAUGGCCGUCGAGGGGGUUCAUCUGUACAGGAUGGUGGUCCACGUUUUCGACUCUGAGAAUAAUCCCCUCAACAUGUACCGCGUCAUGGCGUACGGCAUCCCGCUAAUUUUGGUCAUUGUCACCACCAUGAUUGGAUACCUGAAGGGGGAUAAGCCGUACGGUGGGGAUGUCGUCUGUUGGCUGGAGGGAUCAUACAUUUGGAGCUUCCUUGUUCCGGUUGUUUUUGUCGUGGUGGAAAAUCUGAUAAUCCUGUUUAUCGCGUUGAAAACGGCGUACCAAGUCCAGUACAGUUCGAAAAAAACGGUGCCAGCAUUGCAGAAUAGGAUCAGAUCUUUCAGGGUUUGGCUCCGAGGUUGCCUUUCUCUCACAAUUUUGCUGGGUGUGACUUGGUUAAUUGGAUUUUUUACCUUGGUUCCCGACACUCCCGGACUUGUGGCUGCCUACCUUUUCACCAUUUUUAAUGCAUCGCAGGGAAUUUUCAUCUUUAUUUUCCACUGCCUGUACAAUGACAAGAUUCGCUCUCUAACUUAUCAACGGGUCGGCAACUACCUUCCCUCAUGGAUUUCUAAUUCUCUCCGCCAUUCCAGUUCUGCCUCUAGUUAUCCUUCGGAUGGGGGUAAGCGUAACGAUUCCCAAACAAUGAAACAUUCCGCUUCCGAUUCCAGUCUUUCCAGCAAACAACGACCAGCCCGAGAAGCAAUCAACUAUUCCAUGCAUCCUGGAAUCACAACUGAAGGAUCGGAAAAGCGGAAACUUUCUCCAACAAUCCCACCCAAACUUGAAAAUACCUACAGCCUAGAUUUUGAACCCGGCCGACGCCCACUUCCCACCGGAAUAAUUUCAAUCAUUGGAGACCAGGGUCACCCACAAGUCGUCAACCGACGUGGAAGUCUGAUCCGUCAGCAGCAGCAACAUUGGGAUUCCUUUGGAACGGUGUCAAGCAUUGAUUCGAUCCGUGUUCCGGACGAUCCAAGAGGGGGGUCGUUGUCCGAUUCGUCCUGUGCGGGGGGGAAUUGUACGGAUAAUAGUGAGAGGGCGUUGAUAAGAUGAAGAGAUACGAGUAUGCAGAUGUGGAUGUUGUAUUAUUUACGCUUUUAUUUAUUUUGUACUUCUGCUUUACAGUAAUUAUGUACCUGUAACUUUAAAAAAAUGCAUAUUUCUGUCCCUGGCCUGGCUAUUUAUGUAUAGUAUUGAAAAUAAUUGAAAUAAAAUAUUACUGGCAUGACCGGAAAUGCCAAAACAGUGGCUGAUAACUAACCAUGGUCAGUUAGUCAGAUACAUUAACCCGUGAAACCGCAACCGCACGUAAUAAAUGAACGUAAUUAGUUUA